ACGGAAAAUAUGAACGGAGACCCAUAUUUUCAUGAACCGCGAGCUAAGCAUGCAUGUGAACCAUGUCGGAAGAAAAAGACGAAAUGCCCAGGCGAGAAACCGAUAUGUUCGUUUUGUCGGAGGCUGAGUCAGAGAUGUGUGUAUUUGCCAAAGGAUAAGGUUGGAACUGUGGCAUUUAAGUCCAAAAAUGACUCGAAGGAACGGCUGCAUCGGUUGGAAAUGCAGGUGGAGCGGAUGCAUGAUACUAUUCAGGCAUUGAGUGGGCAGACGAGACCUACAGCGCGGCCGGAAGGCUCUGCGGUGACCCUGCCUUCUUCCGUAGGCUUUGAUAUUCAUGCUUUCCCUCAUCCCCCUCUGGAAGUACUGCCCUACUUUGUUGAGAUCUACAAAUCCCGGAUACACAUACAACCUCUUCCGCUUUUCAAUCCUACCCUUUUACACGAACAGGUUGCUCUCUUUCCACGGUAUUUACUGCGGUCACUUUUAGCAGUUAUAUUGCCCUUCUCGGAGCAUCCGUUCUAUGGCGCUUCCAAAACAGAGGCUGUGGACUUUUACAUCCGGUCUGCUCGGGAGACGGUAAUUCUUCGAGCGGCAGAGGGCAUUUGUACUAUGGAGCUUUUACAGGCGUUGUGCUUGCUGACUUUGUGUGAUAUUGCCGCCGGAAAACAAGCUAGAACGGUAAUGAACAUAAGCAUAGCAUCAAGGCUCGCCAAAACCCUCAAAUCCAACCAUCCCGAAACCUCUCCCAACGAAGACAAAGCCAGAUGCUGCUGGAGCAUCUACAUCCUAGAACAAGUUUUCACCCCAGGUCCAAACACUUUACAAACCGACACCUACCCCCUACUCAACACACCCGCGCCCCCCAGUCCACCAAAACCACCCCUCCCAGCAGACUUCCAAACACCAAAACCACCAUCCAAACAGACCUUAGGCGGCAGCGCCAGCGACCAAGGAAUCAUAGGCUACUGUAUCCAACUAAUCUCCAUCUGGGGAGAAGCAACCACCUACAUGCGGCAAAUCCACACCGGCCAAAUCGAAGACGCCUGGCUCUCCACAUCGACAUACCACCGGCUAAUUGCAGAAUUUUACAAAUUCGAAGCAAGCCUGGCGCAAGCGCACCGCUACAAAACUGUCAGGGAGCACCUGAAAUCUGCCGCAGAGGUUGCGCAGUAUAAAGAAUACUGGACAACCUGGCUCCUUCUGCAGACCAUGUUCCACACCGUCCAGGCACUUCUCAAUCAUCCGCUUUUUCACAUCGCGACGUCUAGAAAGCCGGAUUCUAGCUUUACUCUGAGGCCGCCAUCUUUCUUACAACAUGUGGUUGAUCAGGCGCUUAUGCAUUCUGGGUGGACGGUACGGUUAGUGAGAAUGAUGGAGGAGCUAGGGAUGAGGAUUUGUGACCCGUUUAUUGGGUAUCAGGUUGUGGUUACGGCGACUGUGCAUUGGAUUUUUGCGUUUGCGAGUGAUGAUACUGUUGCUGAGCGGGCGUGUUCGGAUUUUGAGAGGUGUCGUGGGCUUAUUCUGGGUAUGGUGGGGGAGUGGCCGCAUUUUGGGCAGGCUAUAAACGGACUAAACUACCUCCAAAGCCUCAUCCAACAAAACGACAGAACAACAGGUCACCACGGCAUCCCGUCCUUCAAACUCUCCGUUUUAUGGGACUUGCUAGAUCCCAUGUCCAUAGGUCGAGGCACUGACACACCCUCGCUGCAGCCACUAAGCUCUAUAGGAGAGCGUAUCCCCACGCAGUAUGUAGCCCAGUUACACGAGCCGUCAGAAAAUCGGGAGGACAAUGGAGACAAACACAACGAAAGAGGGUUUGAGGAUGCGAUGGGGGAUGCGCAGUCGUCGAUGUAUUUCCAUGAUCCGUUGAUGGAUGAGGAGUUAUUGGGGUCUUUUGAUAUACCUGUUUCGCCACAGUUGCAUUUCUUGUCUUUUGGGGAUUUAUAGAUUUAUAAUGGACGAAAGAACUUUAUUUAAAUUUAAUAUACAUCAGUAUUCCAAC